UGACUGUUGGAAACAUGCUGCAAGCCGACAGACAAGGCAGAGGCUGACAGACAUACACACACACAAACACCCGGAGGCACUUUUUACCCAACAUGGGCCAGAUACUGAGCUGGAUCCGAGGUCCAAAGGACACCCCGGCUCUGCAGGAUGUGGCCGUGGAGGAACAGUCUCAGCCUAGCCAGGCCCCACCCAAACCGGCAGCUCCGGUCUCCACUGUGAAGGCUACACAGUUUGAGAAGGCAUCAUCAGGAUCUGCCAUGGCUACAAAGCCUGGGCUGGUUUCCACAGCAACAGGCGGAGCCACAGGAAGUGGCAUCACAGCAGGAGGAUAUGCUUCAGUUGGGACAGCAGGAAAAGAGGCACCUAAAAGCCAACCAGAGACUGCACCUGUGUCCCAAGUCAAAGCAGCAGCUACAGGUCCUUCUCCUGCUGCUGGAUCACCUGAAGUGUCUAAGAGUGCCACUGCCACCACAACUGUCAAAGCUGAUGUGCCUAAAGUUGAUCCUGCUAAAACAUCAAAGCCAGCUGCAGCAGCCAAGGCUGCGGCUGGAAAUGUGUCUGUGCAGGGGAAGAAAGAAGAAGCUAAACUGACACAAACAAAGGUGCAGGUGGAGGUUCCUUCCACAGCAGCUAAAGUAGCCAAAGAGGCACCUGCGGUGGAUCCAUUAGAUGCCCUGGCCAGCAUACUACCUUCAGCUGACCCUGUUGCACCCCAACAGCCUGUAUACACCAGGCCAGAGGUCAUAGAGCAUGAAAUUACCCCUGUGAAGGGUCAGAAGUGUGGAGAAAGAGACGACACGCUGCCGCCAGGCUACAGAUUUCAAGACAUGGCUCCAGCUCCUGCAGAUGUUAAACCCAAGGAUGUCCCUAAACCACUGAGCACAGAUGAAGCCCUGGACUCUCUUACAGCUGGUUUGAUGACUUCUACUGCUCCAGCUACACCCAAAAAGCAAGAGGUCCAUGAUGUUAGUGUCAGUGCCUCAUCUGCUGGCCCUGCUAACUUUGCACCACCUCCGGGAAAGACAUCUCAACCUCCUGCUGACAAGAAAGCCAAGAUGGAGAAAAAUGAUUUCUCUCUGACAGCUGGACUUCCCUCUGCUCCUGCCACGAAAGCGGCUCCCCCUGUGGCUGCUCCUGCUGAUAAAAAAGCUAAGGCUGGAUCAGGUACCAAAGUGGAUACCGCGCCCAAGACCGAUGAUGGCGGCGCUCUGUCUCUGGAUGCUCUUAGUGCUCUCAGCGACACGUUGGCAGGACCAAAACCAAAACCUGAACCUCCUAAAGUCAGACCAGAGGACAUUGUCUCGGAGAACAAACUCAAGGAGACGAAGGGUGUGUUUGUAGGAGAGAGGGAAGACUCGCUUCCUCCAGGGUACAGGUUUAAAGAGGACAAACUCAAAAAUCUGCCUGCUCCUGAACCUGUGCCCACCAUGGGGGAUGCUGAGGCUCUUGACAUUUUGUCUGGAGACUUCAUGACUCCUUCAGCUGCUUCUGUUGUCCAGGCUCCCGUUGUCACCCCCCCAGCUCCUGCUGCACAGAAAGCCCCUGCAGUCCCUCCUGUGGCUGUGUGUCCUGCUCCUCCUGCUGAUAAAAAAGCCAAGAUGGAAGCUGGACUUUCUGCUUCUACGGCCAAGAAGGUUGAAUCCUCUGCAGUUCCCCCUGUGGCUGUGUGUCCUGCUCCUCCUGCCGUUAAGAAAGCUGCUGCUGGAAAGGACACCACUGAAACCAAGCCCAAGACUGAUCAGGGCGGCUCUCUGUCUCUGGAUGCUCUCAGUGCUCUUGGAGACACGUUGGCAGCACCGGAACCAAAACCUGAACCCCCUAAAGUCAGACCUGGAGACACCGUCUCGGAGGACAAACACAAGAAGACAAAGGGUGUGCUCGUAGGAGAGAGGGAGGACACACUUCCUCCGGGCUACAGGUUUAAAGAGGACGAUCUCAAAAAGCUGCCUGCUCCAAAACCUGAGCCCACCAUGGGUGAGGGUGAGGCUCUGGACAUUUUGUCUGGAGACUUCAUGACCUCCUCCGUGGCCCCUGCGGUCCAGGCUCCUGUUGUCUGCCCCCCAGGUCCUGCUGCAAAGACCAAAGUAGAGGAUUUAUCAGCUCUGGAUGUGCUUUCUGGAGACUUUGUGGCUCCGACUAAAGCUUCUGGGGUUCAGGCACCUGUCCCUCCUUCCACCUUACCACAGGAUGACUCUCUGUCUCUGGAUGCGCUCAGUGCUCUCGGAGACACGUUGCCAGCACCAAAACAAAAACCCGAACCCCCCAAAGUCAGACCUGAGGACAUCAUCUCGGAGGACAAACACAAGAAGACGAAGGGUGUGCUCGUAGGAGAGAGGGAGGACACACUUCCUCCGGGGUACAGGUUUAAAGAGGAUGAACUCAAAAAGCUGCCUGCUCCAAAACCCGAGCCCACCAUGGGCGAUGGUGAGGCUCUGGAUGCCUUGGCGGGAGACUUUGUUGCCGCCGCUGCUGCUCCGACAGUGAAGUCUGCUGCUUGUGUUCCCACAAAAUCCGCCCCACAGCUGUCAGACGGAGACGACAGUGCCCUGCUUGCUCUGUCGGACACCUUGAAGGAUAUCACGCCCGCCCCUCAGCCCGCCCCAGUUCCUGUCAAAGACUUAGUCAAGGAGAAAAAGUUAGCUGAAGAGAGGGUGAUUAAGAUGGGAGAGAGAGACGACUCGCUGCCACCGGAGUAUCGACCCACUGAGGAAAAUCUUAAGAAAAUGCCAGAAGCAAAGGCAAAAGCAGCUACACUACCCAAGGAGUUGAGUAUGGAUGAUACAACAGCUUUGGACCUGCUGUCCGGGGACUUCUCUGCUGCUUCCCAGCCUGCUGUGCCGGUCGCAUCAUCUGCAGCCACAACAAAGCUGGAACCUCCUGUGCUGGACUCAGAGCCCCUGAAGCCAAUGUCCGGUCCUGCCCUGGAUUCCCUGGCCAACAAACUGCUCCCAGACGCCCCAGAGUUCAAACCUAAGUCAGAAAAAUCAAAGGGCAAGAGCAAGUCAAAGUCUAAAAAACACCAUGCAGAGGACCCAUCUGCUACUGACCAGCUAACGGCUCAGCUAAGUUCAGAUGUUGUGCCAACAUCUACAAAGAAGGGAGGCAAGAGCUAGACCACUGGGUAAGGUUGUCUGUGCAGUUUGUCCUCCCGGCCACAGGGAGCGAGGGAGCUGCUCUCUGGAAAAUGUUUCUAUUUUUCUAAAUCGUCAAGAAUGUAUACUGGAUGAAAGACAAAGCUAUGCAUAACACACACACAUAACACACACACACAUACACAGCUCUGCGUGCAGCGGCUGUCUUGCUUUUUAAAACAAGAUGGAGAAUGAAAGAAUGAGUGACGAACAGACAAAGAGAGGAAGAAAACGGUGGGUAAAGAGAGUUAAAGUUGGGCGUGCUGAGGGAAGGAAGGCGUUGCUCGUCAGAGUCCUGCAUGUACACCCCAGCUGACAGUUUCUAUUUUUCCAAUGGCACUAAUAUCACAGCACGCAGGUUAUCUAAGCCUGGUGCUGUGACGUUGGUUGGGGCAGUGGCGACUGUCGGCUUGCAGUACGCAGCGGGUGUAUACUGUCGGGAUGUUUGUGCAAUCUUGAUGACACAGAAAAGCCACGUCUUCUACCAUGAUGUGGUCAGAUGCCAUUAAGACACUAGUGUACAGCUUAGUUUGCUUAUAGUUUGGACAACACAUAGUUUACAUUAUUGAAUAUGUGGAGGAUUUCCAGGAGGUGUUCAGCUUAUUUCUGUAUCCGAUAGAGUGCCUUGCAAGUGGCUUUUACUUUCUGUAGAGAAAUAUCUGUCAAGAGAAAAAAUAUAAUUACUGGUGUCCAGAAGUGGUUACAAGCUUUGUAAACUGCCCUUGUUUGUAUACUGUAAAAAAAAUAUAUAAGACAACACUGUAUAAUUUAGAAAGGGCUUCAAACUGUAAAGUCAGAAAUCAAUAUAAUUUCCCCAAGUUUUUUUUUUAUGUCAGAGGUUUUGUGUGGGUAUGAGUCAAAUGAUAUGAUGAUAUUUUUGAUGUGGGAAUACUAAUUAAAUAAAUAAAAAAGUUGCUUUAGAGUCUGGUUUCAACGAUUUGUGUCUAAAAUGAGAAAGAGCAGAAGUGGCCUUGAGAUGUGGAGAAAAGGCUAAAUCACUGUUAAAGGUGCAAGGGAAAUGUGUAUGUGUUAAAGUGAUCAGGAACAGAAUCUCCUCUGAAAGUGUUUUUUCUCUGCUCCUGACUGAGGGGGGUUUUCACUCUGCAUACAGUUGUAGCAGCCCACUUCCUUUUGACCCAGGGGCGGGGGCUUACUACAAAACAAAUGUCUUUUGUUCUAACUUCAUGUGAAACAUAUUUCAAAUGAGUGGGUUUGAUGUGUGGAAAUUUUUUCUUAUAAAAUAAAGACAAAUACAACUCCUUGCA